CUAAACUCCUGAAAAACAAUAUGGCUGACGAUAGGGAUCAAGAGGUUAUGCAUAAGCUAGAAAAACUGAAAGAAGUCAGAUCCCGUUCAUUAUGCCUGGAAAAGCUGAGGACACGCUUGCGUCAAGAAGUGGAUAUACGAGAAUCUGAAGAACGAAACCUAGAGGAGUAUCGUCAAGAAAUGGAGCUCCUUUUGCAGGAGAAAAUGGCUCAUGUUGAGGAACUCCGGCUCAUACACGCCGAUAUAAAUCUGAUGGAGGCCACUAUCAAACAGGCAGAAGAAGAAAGAGCAAGAGCUGUGGACAGUGCCAAAAAGUUGUAUGAAGAAUACCGACCCUUAAAGGAAGAAGUAGACCACAUGCGCAGCAGGCUAGGGCUUCAGCCUCUCACAGAUCUUCAGGAGGAAGAUGAAAAACUGCGGCCAGAGUUCCCUGAAAAAGUAGCAUCUGAGUGGCCAGGAGAAUCCCAACCAAUGCCCAUCCCACAAACUCUGGUGGAAGCUGCUGCAGCUGCUGAACAGGUUCACAACAUUGCUCGAGGCAAAGCAGAGCGGCAGGGCUUUAGACAACAACCACCACCAAUGAAGGCAUGCUUAUCUUGCCAUCAGCAAAUUCAUCGCAAUGCACCAAUCUGCCCUCUUUGCAAAGCAAAGAGUCGAUCAAGAAACCCAAAAAAGCCAAAGAGGAAAAUUGAUGAUUAGUUGCCUUCUGUCCACUGCUGCAACCAUCAUCAUCUUGGUUCCUUCGUCACCAUCUUCACCAUGAUUGCCCUAGACUGAAGAAUAUGUUGUAUGUCAGUAGACUGUUGUGCUGAAAAAAGGUCUGUAAUGGAAUGUCUUGUCUACUUUGUUUUUAUACAUUGUAUUAUUUAAUACAUGGAGUUUUAUUUUUGUAUAUUAAUAAACUCAUUACACUGAGUUUUAUAUUUUUACAUCAGUCAAAUCUUUUAUAGUUAAACCUGCUUGGUUGUGUCUGGAAUAAGAGAAGAAAAAUUGUUGUGAUGUAGUGAAUUUUGUAUUAAAACAGGCACAGCUCUUGUAA